AAAGCCAAAGGCACCCUCCCAUUUAACAUGGAAAAGUGAUGAGAAUAUUUAAAGAAGCUAUAGCAAGAAAUCUGAGGCACCCAAAAAGUGGACCGGCAGGCUGGUUCGUCAGUAAAUACGUUUUUGAAGAAAAAAAUAAAUACUUGGAGAAAAACGCUGUCAACGUGUGCAACAUUUCUAAAGAUGAUAUUGUUCUAGAAGUGGGAUUUGGUCCGGGGUUUGGACUUGAAGAGGCACAUACUAAAAUAAAAGAUGGAAAGGGCAAGGUCUAUGGAGUUGACAUCUCCCAAGCAAUGUUAAAGAAGGCGGGACGUUUACUCCAGACUGAGAUAAACUCGGGGAAAGUUGAACUAAUAAUGGCAAAUGUCGCAAAACUGCCUUUCGAAUCCGACAUGUUUGAUCACGUGUUUCACUGUAACUGUUACUAUUUUUGGGAUGAUCAGGUUGCGUGUGCUCGAGAAUUGCAUAGAGUAAUGAAACAAAAUGCAAACAUGGUAGCUGUAUUGAACGAACAGGGUCUAAAAGUAGCGGAAGAAGCGGGAGUCUUGAAAUACGGAAACACAGACCCACAUAGAUACAUGGACUCUUUAAAGAAAGCUGGAUUUCAGAAUAUAGAUUUCAAGAAACUGAAAAGUGCAAAGGGUCAUCCAUUUAGUGCAAUUUUUGCUCGAAAAUGAUUUUUUAAGCAUAAUGGCAGCUGUGAGUCCAUGUCAUAAGAUCAAUUCCCAGCUGUGAGUCCAUGUCAUAAGAUCAAUUCCCCAUCAAUAUCCGGGAGAUGCCAAGUUGAAUUUAUUUUUUUCUUCAUAUUUGUGAUUGAUUAACAUAACAAGACUGAAUGAUUCUUACAGUAUUUUGAUAUGAAUUUUUUAAAUAGUGUACAUAGUUUAUUAUUUAAAAAAACAAUACAAAAAACUUCGUUUAUUUUGUAUGAGAUCUACAGAAUCAGUAUGUAUGAGUUCUAUAUGAAUACAUGUGUGAUCGUCUGAAAGCACGGGGAAAAGUUCCUCAUUUUGCAUCUGUUCGACAACGGAGCAGAGCUGAUCAUGUUUUAUCAUGUUGGCCAGGUGGAAAAUGAAACUUGGUCAUGAUCUUUUGAGUUUUCUUGCACGUGAUUUCUGUAACAUCGUUACACUGGCGAAUAAACCUAAAAAUAAAGUUGGUAAGUGACCAAUCAUAUGAUGAAUAUUAAUGGUGCAAAAAAAAAAAAAUAAUAUUAUUAAUUUCAAAGUAAAAAUUGACAGAUACAUGUAUAAUUUUCUGGAUAUUUCUUAUCAAUAUAUUUGUUUUAUCUG